CAGUUGAUUUUGUAUCUUUUUGCGAACGGUCGUGUUUGUGCAAUUCAUAAAUUAUUCCGACUGCAUUUAUUUAAAAACUAUACUUUUUUAAUAUUUUCCACAUUUUAUAAGUGAACGUAGGUAGAUUACUGUGAAAUUUUACAAAAUUUAGUGACUGUUUUUAGUGUGCCUGGCGCCUUCUAUCUGGACCUAACUGGGUCUCAGUCUGAUCACAUCGUACAGUUUUUGUAGGUGUGUUUUGCAUGUGUGGACCUUAUGGCGUCGCUAUCGCUGCCGCGGGUCCUUCAGCUUAAGAAGAAUAGUCUGGACGCCGAACGCGAACAGUUCGAAAAAUUCCAGCGCCAUACCACCGCACUUAACUAAUGCAUGCCGCUGACUGAGCAGAGCACUAACACGUUGCUAUGGCGACCACCAACAACAACGACAAACGCUUCUACCAGUUGACAUUGGCCAUACAGAAGGCCAUCAACUCGAUCGAGACCCCGGUGAAGGAGAAACAUGUCCGCAGCACCAUCAUCGGCACCUUCCAGGAACAGAGCGCCAUCACUUACUGGAUGGUGGCCAUCCGCCUGCCGCUGCAAGACAACCGCAUCGUGGCAUGGAAGUUCUGUCACGUGACGCACAAGCUUCUUCGCGAGGGCCACCCCGCGUGUCUCGACGACUCGCAGCGGCACAUCAACAUGAUCGAGAACCUCGGCAAGCUGUGGGUCCACCUCCGCGAGGGUUACGGGCGGCUAGUGCACCUGUACUGCGCUCUGCUGGUGUGCAAGCUGAAGUUCCACGCGCGCAACCCGCGCUUCCCCGGCAACCUUCAGCUCACGGCUGAUGAGCUCGAUGCUAUCGCCGAGAACGACGUCAACAACUAUUUCCAGAUUUGCGUAGAACUGUUCGACUACAUGGAUGACAUCCUUACCCUACAAGCGGCAGGUAAAUAUCAUUAUUUUUUUGCAUUGUUUUCAUCUUUAUUUCUUAGAAAUUAAGGGUGCCUUCAAAUU